UAGGCUACACAGUCAUUAGGCUUCAUCUUGCUUUGGGUGAAUAAUUCACUGAAUUAUUCAGAGGCUCUGUGAUGCUCUUGAGGGGGAAUCUCUGCUUACUGUGUCUUUAAAGUCGUGCAGAGGGGAGCUAUACUAAAGAAAGGAGGGGGCUGCUGUGCGCCAGUUGGAGGUGUCUGCCUGUCGCAGCGGCUUGGUGUUGACAUUAAAGAAGAGCGCGUCCAUGCUUCAGCGGGGAUCUACGGCGCAAUUUGAGAUACUCCGAUUGAACCGGUUCCAGGCAGAUUGUCAUCAGACUGAAGAUACAUGGAUGGACAGAGAAAUAGUGCAAUCGGAAUUAACUUGUCAGCCGGUGCGAGGAAUUUCUGGAUAUAAUGGGGAAUACGACACCUAAACCUUUGAUAGAUGCGACUCUGCAACCCCGCCCGGUGGCCAGCAGGCAGUACUACACCCUGCCUAAGAAUGGGGCAGGUGUGGAGAGAAGAACGUCCGCCGCUCCGGUCAGCAUCAAUGUGGAGUCACCCCGCUUUCACCCCCACGCCAAAGGCAAGAAUAUCAGGCUGGAUGGGCAGCUUCGGCGUGCCACACGCAAGAACAGUUUCUGUAAUGGCAUCACUUUCAGCCACAGGCCUGUCCACCUCUAUGAGAAGGUGCGUCUUCGCCUGAGUGGCGUGCACACUGGCUGGAGUGGAGCUCUACGCUUCGGUUUCACCAGUUUAGACCCCAGCGAAUUGGUCGCUACAGACAUCCCCAAGUAUGCUUGCCCAGACCUGGUGACACGGCCCGGCUACUGGGCCAAAGCUCUGCCUGAGAGGCUGGCCUUGAAGGACAAUGUUUUGUCAUUCUGGGCUGAUCGCCAUGGAAGAGUUUUCUACAGCAUCAACGAUGGAGAGCCCAUCCUCUUCCACUGUGGCCUCAGCAUCGGCUGUCCACUCUGGGCCAUCAUAGAUAUCUAUGGCAUCACUCAGGAGGUCACACUGCUUGAAAGCACGUUUGCUGAGAGCGUGGGAUCCAGCUGCCUGAGUGCGGCCCGUCUGAGUGCCUAUCUGCCCCAGAGUAGCCACGACUCAGCCAAUUACAACAACAAUCAACUGGAGAACAACCAGGCUGCUGCUGCCAAGAUGGCCAACCUCCAGCUCAAUAACUACACACAGCUUAUCCCCUGCUGCUCCUCCACCUCUUCCUCCUCCACAUCGUCCUCAUCUGCCUCCACUGGAUUCAGCACCCCGAGGGUGGUCCGGGGCCUUCCUUCCCCGCUGGACAAUGACUUGCACUUUCACCCCGUCCGUGGCUCUGAUGUAAUACUCUCUGCAGACCGCUCUGCCGCCUGCAUCCACUUUCUGGACAGCAGUCGGACUCUGGUGUUCAGUGACCGUCCGCUGCAUGUGGGUGAGACUUUGUACGUGGAAGUUGGCCACCUGGGCCUGCCCUACUUUGGGGCGCUGUUGUUUGGUUUAACAUCCUGUGACCCUGCCAGUCUACAUGCCGCGGACUUACCGGCAGACCCUGAGGUUCUCCUGGACCGUAAAGAGUAUUGGGUGGUGCAUCGAGGCUUCCCCAUGCCUUGCUCUGGAGAUGUUCUCAGCUUCAGUCUGCUGCCCAGCGGAGAUGUGCUCCACGGGGUGAAUGGAGUGGGACGUGGCAGGCUGCUCUGUGUGGACACCUCUCAGGUCCUCUGGGCCUUUUUCACCCUGCAUGGGGCUGUCAACAGACUCAGGAUACUGGGAACACUGCAGUCCAGUCCUCCCUCCACAUCCCCCAGCACUUCUCAAAGCAGCAGUCCCGAUGACAGCGACUCCGACCUGGCGUUCACUGUCAACAGAUCCUCCUCUGCCUCUGAAUCCUCUCUGGUGACUGCUCCCAGCUCCCCCCUCAGCCCUCUCCCUCUCCGAUCAUCUCCGACUCUCACCGCCUCAGAACUGCCCUCUGCUGGAAAAAACGGAGAAUGCACCAUUUGCUUCGACCAGGACGUGGACACCGUCAUCUACACCUGUGGACACAUGUGUCUGUGCAACAACUGUGGGCUGAAGCUGAAGAGACAGAUCAAUGCGUGCUGUCCGAUAUGCAGGAGGCCGAUCAAAGAUGUUAUCAAAACAUAUCGGCCAUGAUGGUCCAGAUGUUCCAACAGGUGCUGUGACUUCCGCUGCUGGAUUCCACCUGUGACCCCUUCUCAGGCUUGGUUGGACACGGAUCUUGGCCCCAAUUGGAGAUUAGCCAAACCAGGACAUAAUUGUGCCUAUAUGUCCAUUUUAUAUGGGUAAAUCUUUUGUGAAGAUAGAAUAUGCUCUUCAUACGCAGAACUGUGAUCCUGUUAAUACAUAGACUGCUACAUGAGCUCCUUUGAUUUGGCUGAGAAAGAAGAGAUGAAUCAUGCGCUCCUUUUUUGUAAUGUGAAUGUGAUGUCUCUUACGUCACAUGUAUUUACUGAGCAGAAAAGCCUGCUGUGAAUAUUUGGUCCUUACACUUAUCGUCCUAGAUUAAUGUGUGCUUCAGCAGAGUUUGUGGACCGUAGUCUAUAACUUGUAGUGCCUUAGAUUUAUGUCACAUUGUGUGUACAAGUAAUCAUGCUACCAAUCUUAGCCAUAUUUUUAAUGUACAGUACGGAAAGUGUGUGGUGAAAAGACACACAGAUGCAGAAUAUAUGCAAUGAAAGGUGUUAUAGAAAGAUUCUUUAGUGCAGGGGGGGUCAAACUCAACUUUAAUAAGAGCCAGAAUGGAAAAUGUGAAUCACAUCAAGGGCCAGACAUGUAGAGUUUAUUGACAUGCUUUUAUUUAAGAGAAAAAGUCAAAUAUGUUGACUGUUUUAUUGUGUGUCUCAUAUAGCUUUCUCACUUAACAUUCUGGGCCUAGUUGCCUGGGUAGCUCACCUUGUAGAGCAGCUGCCCACCUAUAGAAGUUUACUCCUCAGCGCAGCGGCCGCAGGAUCGACUCUGCCCUGCGCCCCUUUGCUUCAUGUCAUUCCCCCUCUCUCUCCCCUUUCAUGUCUUCAGCUGUCCUAUAUAAAAAAAAAAAAAAAAAAAUCUUUUUACAGUGUGGGCCUCAUACAGCCCCCAAAAAGUCAGAAAAAGGUCCUUAGCCAUCAAAGACAAAAAGCGACAAGAAACGUAAAAAAAACAACACCGGAAAAAGUGGCCAAAAACGUCUGGAAAAAGCACCAAAAACAUGAAAAAGGGCCUAAAACGACAGAAAAGCCGGAUCAAAAUGUGACAGGGGCCGGGUUUGGCCCUCAGGCCUUUAGUUUGACACGUGUGCUUUAGUGGAAAGAUGUAACUGUAUAUUAAGUGUGUUCAGUGGCGUGCUUUAAGAAAAGUAUGUUUGGAAAGUACAAAAUGAAGAAUCCGGUUUUACACGUUGAGAGAUUAAUAAAAGUGGACUGUGUGAUUAAAA